UCUCUUGUGAAAUAUUUGUUUCGUCCUGGUUUGACCCUUAGAAGUUCCUCCUUCCGGAGCCGAGUCUGUCGCUGUGCACGUUGCAUUUGUUCACACUCGACUGUAAAAAGAGGCCAGUCGGUCCGGGGUCGACAGUCCAGGUCAAGAGCUCCUGAAAUGGUUCAGUCCAAGAAUCAGAGACAAACACUGAGUCUAAAUUCAGGCAGUCUGCAACACAUGACAGAUUCCAGGACGUGCAACAGACUAGGAAUUGAAAUGGCCGACCGGAGGAGACGCCCGUCACCGUUGUUCACUUUCAUCCUCUGCUUCUCACUGUGGUUCACCCCUGGACAAACAGUCGACUCCUUCUUUGGCAUGUUUCUGCAACAGUGCAUUGAGGAAUGUCCGGCAAAGUAUUUCACCUCCACGUAUGGCGUGCCGUGCACCGACAGCUGUGACAAGCGAGGUUCUGACUACUACUGGUGCCAUUCCAGCAGCGGUUGGGAUUACUGCUCACCAGGGGUGAAUAUUGAUUACUUUGGCAGCACCUGUCGCAAUGAUCAUCCCUGUGGCAAUUAUGGCGAAAAGUCCAAGAUGUGUUACUUGGACCGUGGCGGCUGGAGCAGAUGUUCACAAGUGGAGCCAAAGGCAAUGAUUCAAAAUACCAUAAACCUGCAAGAAUGCAAGACUCAUUGUAAGUAUUAUGACUCUGGGGAUUACUUCUGGUGCAAUACCUAUGACAACUGGGAUUACUGCUCACCUCUACCAGACAUCACCUACAGGGAUGUCAAGUGCCGCGCGGGCCACAAGUGUGGAACCUAUGGCGAAGCUUACAGCUGGUGCUACACGUCAUUCAACGAUGACUGGGAUUACUGUGGAGUUAUCCAUCCUGGAGAGUGCGCGUACUCCCAGUCGUUCCGCCGCAAACGACAACCUGAUUUUCCAAACGUGAUCUGUACCACGGAGGGGGACAACAACAACAGGAGGGUGACCACCUUCACAGAGGAAGGACAAUCCAGUAUAAUGGCGAACAUCAACAACAGGAUGCGCAACGAGGCAUUGAACCUAAUCAACCAAUGGGAUAACCAGCGCUUGAGCGAGCAGGCCAGGUCCAACUUGAUUUCAUCGGACCAUCUUCGCAUCGACAACCAGGGACUGAUCAACAGGAACAAUCAGCGAUGUUACAACCUGCAGAUCCAGAUCAACAAGGCUCGCGGCAGCAGCGAAAGUACCACUGUGUCACAGGUCAUAUGUCCUCUUGAUACUCCAGCUGACUACAUACGUACGGCCUUCAGGAGGAGCUUAGAGCGCCAGGCCAGGGUGAUAGUGGAAGUAAACGACGGACCAAGCACCUCGCCGAACAACAACAACAACAACAGAAAGUGUUGUAAGCGCCGUAAAAUCUAAUUUUGCUCGCUCACUAAGGAUCACCACAGAGCUUUGCUGAAUCAUGAAAACAAUUUGUUUACUUACAUUGACUGAGGUAACUGUACUCUUUAUAAAUGUAAUUUAAUAAACAUCAAUUCGUUGUGUAUUAGAAUGUUCAUUCGGCACAGAUUUAGAUAUAAUUGGCAUUUUAUGGGCAUUUUAUUUUAGGAUAUAAUGAGCAAACUAAUACACAAAGCAGAGUAUGUACAAUUCUGUUUACUAAAUGAAGAUGUGUAAUUGUACUUUGACUCAAUGUAAUUUUAACUUGACUCAAUUUAAUUGUACUUUGACACAAUCUAAUUGUACUUUGGCUCAAUGUAUGACCAAGGUCAUAAUACAAGCGGAAAAAGAACAAAUAAUGCUGAAUAUGAAAUAAAAAUAGCAGGGUGUGUAGACCUUCCUGACCUAAAUCAUUUCAACUGCUUUCCAAUAAAAAUCAUGUUGUAAAAAGAUUUUGGUGCAGAUGAGUGUCAGGCUCUGGAAGGAAACAAGGACGAGGCCAAUUAAUUUUACUCGAACAGUAAUAAGAAAAUGACCCUUGAUUCCAGAAAAGUCCUGAAACCUUUUCAUUGGCACCAGACGGAGUUUGAGAUAGAUAGAGCGAUAGAUAGAUAGAGCAGGCUGCCACCGAGCACAGCGCCAUCUUGCCUGGAUGGAAUGAUCUCACCACACUACCAGACGCACAUCCAGACUGAUUUCCUGCCCUUCAACCUACAAUCGACUCUUAGAUAAUAGUGUCUGUUUAAGACACAGAUGAAAUAAUAAUAAUCGGUAAAUGUUCUGUACAAGACUUAAUUUCUCAUUUUCAGCCCUGGGGUUUAUAAAUCUCUGCACCCCGAAGGCCGCAGCCCAACGUGUCGACCCUGGACGUGAACCAUAAAGCAUAGAAAACCAGCUUGU